CGUCCAAAACUCCAUCACGUUAUCUCCCAAACUCAUCACAUUACCCCGUCUUGACGUGGUUUAAGAAGUGUUCGCUAACCGCGCGUCGGUUGUUACCAUUACCAAUAUACCGUGCGUAUUUCCUCCUUGAUAUUUACAAACGCAAUCCUCUCCUCGCUCGUCUUUGCUUAGGACGGCGCCUAUGUCGGACAUUUUGUAAACAGAAGAUAUUCCGAGUGGAAUUUGACAGCGUUCUCAGAACAUAACCCAAGCUUACGACAACAACACUCCUGCUGGGAAACUCCGUUUUCAUGCCGGAUACCUAAAAUGCUGCAACAAUCAAGGUCCCUGUGACAAAUGAUAUCGUCAACUUGAGCACUUCUCUCUAACGAAUAGUCUGUGGUUUUUCCAGACCGUCAAAUAGCCAUCGCAAAGCAAUUGAGGUCGUUGGGCUGUGUCCAGUACUGUAUGGAUACUUUUCUGGAGGCCCAACGAGUUGUUUAUUUCCAUUUUAGAAUGGCGUAGAUUAUAUGAUAUCUUAAACACGUAUUACCAAAUCUUCAGCACUAUCACAAACGGUGAAGGACCGUGCUUUUCUUGAAAAUGACAAGCAUUUCAGACGUGAACGCGUAUUUUUUGAGACGCUCACUAUGGCCUGCUGUGUCAUACACCAUGUUUCUGAUGCUGUCUGGUCUCCUUGGCAACGCGCUGGUGCUGAUCGUGUACCGUCGUCACUUCCGGCACAGCGUGACCCGGAUGUUCAUCUAUUCUUUGGCGCUCCUCGACAUUGCCAACUGCCUCAUCACGAUGCCUUCUGAGCUUAUCGUUCUCAUCCAGUUUGCCUCUUUCCCGUCUCCAGUUUGGUGCAAGCUCAGCAGAUACCUCACCUACAUUCUCAACGGGAGUUCUUCCGUUCUGCUCAUCGGGAUUGCUGUGGAUCGAUACUACAAAGUAUGUCACCCCACCACAGUGUUCAUAACCAUCAAGCGUGCUCGCAUCAUAUGCUUAGGGGCUUUGCUCUUUAACGCAUUGUUAGCUCUCCCGGCUUUAGUGUUAUAUGGAGACAUGACCUUGACAUUGCAGAUUAUAGAUAAUGAAGUAAGCGUUUUGGGUGUCGAACAAAAAGAUUAUAAUAAAUCUGCAACGACUCUCCCUGACCACGUAAAAGAAGGCGUUACCCUUCCGUACCCCAUCCCUCACAAAGCGGAAUAUAUCGUGGGUCAUUUCUGUCUGAUUAAGAACAGCUACAUCAACACCGUUUACCCGAUCGUAUUUUACGCCUCCAUGUUUUCUCUAUAUCUGGCCCUGGUCGUUGUCGUCAUCUUCUCCUACACACGGCUGGCACGGACGAUGUACCUUCUACGACAACGCCACGACCGAAUGUUUUCUUUCAUCCGAUAUUACAAGGGCUCCAACUCCGCCAUCCCUGAGCCCAGUGGCCAUGGGGAAGGGGCUGCUGAUAGACCCGCUGUUGGCGAACAUCAAGACCAGGAUCAUUACGAGGACAGGUGCUCUGUUAAAAUUGGAGGUGGGCAAUUUCUCACUCUAGAAGAAUCAAAUCUGAACGUUGACGGAGAAGCGGGAUGUGUGAGAGAAGAGCAAGAGGAGGGACAUCUGGCAAAAGUGUCUCAGGAUGGGAUUGCCGCUAAAGAUGAGUCCGCUCAGGGAAAGAACGAGGCCCUUAAUCCAGGAUCUGGAGUCGAAAAGGCAGAAAUGUCCACGAAUAUCGAACAUCCGAAUAGUGAGAUGGAAGACAGUGCAAUGAAAAUAUCACAGGGACAGUCGGAAAAGCCAAAGGAAGAGGUGCAUACUAAAAACUAUCAAGAGCCUGCGGUGAAUUCUAUUCCUCAAGAUCGCCAAGCGACUGGUCUAACGGCCGUAUGCAAACCUGAAACAACAGUUGCCAACGGUACUAAAGGAGGCCAAGGCUACUCAGGUCAGGUUCCAAGGGUUAGAGUGCACAAGCCUUCGAGAACAGAGAGCAAAAAAGAGUUCACAUUUCCUAGUCUAGCAUGUGAGAACAGCUUAUUGAUGAGGAGAAUCCACAGUAUGGAGAAUGUCCGAGGUGUCAUGGCUCAGCCAGCGCUCAGCUUGUCCCAACUUGACAUCGAACAUCGACAGAACGGAAAGUUUUCCACGUCAGACAAGAACAAACCGGGCCCGAUGCGCCGGAGGGACUGGCAGUCUCUGGACGCACUCCGGCCACACGCCUUGAACGUCACGACAAGCUACAGCGUGGACAUCGUGGAUGGGGAUCCCGAGAGACAAGAUCACUGGAGCCCUGGGAACACGGACGUGAAGACGUUGACAUUGACGAGAAGAUCUCCGAAAGGAAGCAAACAUCUGUGUGUCUUACCCCUCACUGGACUCUCCAGUAAAACUGCUUUACAUGCGCUGGAGCAAAAUGACCAGAAAGACGGUCAUGUGGUUAUUGAUUCUUGCCAAAGAGGUGUUGUAGUUGACGCAGACGAGAUAACGCUGAGAACGAAAUCCACGAGUCCUCAGGGAAUGCAGAAGAAGUCGCCUCAGAGUGACCUGAAAACCCCUGCGAGUCCACGACGAGAGGUCAUCAGCACUGCAGACCUUCUCAAGGAGCAGCACCGAGGGAAUGCACUUCACCCAUUCCGAACGAGCAGAAUGCUCUUCAUUAUCUCCCUUGUAUUUGUGGUCAGUUUUUGCCCGUUCUUCAUUAUUGCUCUGAUCAGAUCCGCGCAAGGAGCGUCUUUCACUGAUUUAUUGGGCGAGACAGAGCUAGCCGUUGUGUCUGUUCUCAUUCGCUCGUCUCUAAUCAGUAACGCGGUCAACCCGAUCGUUUAUGGAUUUCUCAGUACUCAUUUUCGCAAAGAAUGCGUAGCUUUGUUCUGUAACCUUUUCCGGAAACAAGGGUCAUAGUUACUAUACAAUCAAUGUCUUUGUCAUAAAAAGGUGGAAGCUUGUUGCAGGCUUGUGCUCUAAGCGAGUAAAUUGCUUGUUUUGCUGUACACAUACUUUCAAGUGCUCUGGAAUUGUGUGGGCCUAUUGUAGCCUACAUGAAAAACGUAUUGAUCUUCAUACAAGAACAUCGGGCUGUUUCUUUCAUAGUUUUGAAAUUUUCAGUCUUUCUGUUGGGGUGCUGUAUCCAUCUCAGCCCGCGUUGGCCCUGACACUGACAGGCAAGCUCAAAGCCCUCCUCUCAGAUUCAAAUGACAUAAAUUGUCUCAAUGGGAGAUAGAUACUCUUUAGAAAUUUUCUCCCACUUGGGUCUCUUGUAUUUGACAGCAAAGCACUUAAUUGCUCAAGCACAUACUGUACGUGGUUUGCCACCUCGAAAAGCAUUAUGGUAUCGCCGACUUACAUGCAUUUCCAAGAAAAGCAUAAUACGAAGAAUACGAUUACAUCCGUCCCAGGUGAUCCCCAACGGUCCUCAAAACUAUCAAAUCGACCACAAAAGGGGGAUAUCGCCCUAAAGUUGACAAUCACUGUAGUAGAAUAACAACACCAUUCUAUGUCAGUUUUCAUGUGAAAGCGCUUCUUUCCUGUAGUUCUUCUAUGAUUUGUUGACCCAUAAUACAGAAACCUGGUUAUGUACAGU